GACUGCAAAACUUUUUGCCGGCUCCUCUUCGCGACCUACAGCCCCAGUCCAUGCUCCAGCCGCGGUCCGACCCCUCGCCCGGACGCUGACGGCGCCCGCCGUGCCUGGGUAGGAUCGCGCGAGCCGCGGGCGCCGAUGCACUGGGCGCUCCGGGAGUCGUAGGCUGCAGCUGCGCCGCGGCUCCGGGAGCCGGCGGGGGCGAAGCGGCCGUGGGGGACGUCAAUGGAUCGCCAUUCCAGUUACAUUUUCAUCUGGCUGCAGCUCGAACUGUGUGCGAUGGCUGUGUUACUCACCAAAGGUGAAAUUAGAUGCUACUGUGACGCCGCACACUGUGUGGCAACUGGUUACAUGUGUAAAUCUGAGCUCAGUGCCUGCUUCUCUAGACUUCUUGAUCCUCAAAACACAAACUCUCCACUCACUCAUGGCUGCCUGGACUCUCUUGCAAGCACAGCAGAUAUCUGCCAACCCAAACAGGCACAGAACCACUCUGGCACCACCAUGCCCACAUUGGAAUGCUGUCAUGAAGAUAUGUGCAAUUAUAGAGGACUGCAUGAUGUUCUCUCUCCCCCCAAGGGUGAGACCUCAGGACAAGGCAACAGAUACCAGCAUGACAGCAGCAGAAACCUCAUCACCAAGGUGCAGGAGCUGACCUCUUCCAAAGAAUUGUGGUUCCGGGCAGCAGUAAUUGCUGUUCCUAUAGCUGGAGGGCUGAUUUUAGUGUUGCUUAUUAUGUUAGCCUUAAGGAUGCUUCGAAGUGAAAAUAAGAGACUUCAAGACCAGCGCCAACAGAUGCUAUCGCGUUUGCACUACAGCUUUCACGGACACCAUUCCAAAAAGGGACAGAUUGCAAAGUUAGACUUGGAGUGCAUGGUGCCAGUCAGUGGGCAUGAGAACUGCUGUAUGACCUGUGACAAAAUGAGACAAGCGGACCUCAGCAAUGACAAGAUCCUCUCGCUUGUUCACUGGGGCAUGUACAGUGGGCACGGGAAGCUGGAAUUUGUAUGACCGCAUCUUAGCGAAACAUAACUUCUUGAACGCUUGAAUGCUUGAAGGCCUUUGAGUUCUGCUGGACAGGAGCACUUUAUCUGAAGAAAAACAAACUUGUUUAAUCAUCUUUGAGAGACAAAAUGACCUCUGCAAACAGAAUCUUGGAUAUUUCUUCUGAAGGAUUAUUUGCACAGACUUAACAUACAGUCAAAUGUGUUAUUUGCUUAAAGUUAUAAAAGCAAAGAGAAAGACUAUGUACACACUGUUACCAGGGUUAUUUGCAUCCAAGGGAGCUGGAGUUUAGUACCUAAAUAAACUAAAAUGUGCUCUCUGCAAGUUCCUACAUCUUGAUUUAUUGUAAAGAUUUAAAAUAUAUAUAUAUUUUUUGUUUG